AUCCAGUUCCAUCCGGUUCUCCCACGGCCCCCGCCGCGGGUCUCAGCAGCUCGGGCGGCGGGAGGAGCGGCAGCGGCCAGGCAGCGCAGGUUCGUGAAGGCUCUGGGCGCCCCGCGGCCCGCAGGCACCCGGCACGCGCCUAGCCCGCCGCCAAGAUGCCGAAGAGGAAGGUCAGCUCUGCCGAAGGUGCGGGGAAGGAAGAGCCCAAGAGGAGGUCGGCGCGGUUGUCAGCUAAACCUGCUCCUGCGAAAGUGGAAACGAAGCCAAAAAAGGCAGCAGCAAGGGAUAAAUCUUCAGACAAAAAAGUGCAACCGAAAGGGAAAAGAGGAGCAAAGGGAAAGCAGGCUGAAGUGGCCAACCAAGAAACUAAAGAAGAUUUACCAGCAGAAAACGGAGAAACUAAAACCGAGGAG